AAGCAUGUCAGCUGUCAACGGAUCAAAGUACGAGACAAAUACUUCAGGCCUAACAGUCGAAGUCUGACUAGUAACUGCAACUGUCAGCUAAAUAUAGACUGCAUGUGCAAUGCGAUUAUUACAUUACAGAUCUUGUCAAGUGGAACGUUGAUAUUUAAGAGCAUCAGAAGAUCGAAUUUGAAUUCGCUGAAACGAAUGUUCAGAUAGUAAUGUAACAAUGGCGGGCGAGGAAAGAGUUUGCAUCGCGACAGUUGUAUCACUUAGCAUGUUUGAUGUGAUCAAAAAGCAGAAAACUAGGAAAGAUGACUACAACUUUAUCAAGUGGUCAGAAGUGAUCAAGAGCCCGGAUGUAUACCUCGAAAGGGUCCAAGGAUUGAUUGUAUCUCCAAUAGAGUAUGUUACACUCACCGGUGAACUUUUGACCAAGAUGACGAGUCUAAAGGUAGUAUCGUCCGUAGGUGUCGGUGUAGAUCAUCUUGAUAUACCCCUCUUAAGGAAGUAUGGUAUUAAGGUCGGUUAUGCACCUGACGUAAUCACCCAACCAACGGCUGAUCUAGCUUUCACAUUACUAAUGGCCAUAGGGAGAAGAAUACCAGAAAUGAUGGAAGUGGCUAGAAGUUACGAGGUUGGAGAAAAAUUCGAAAUCGAGCGAAGUUUUCGACGUCGUGGACAGGAUAUAUUCGAAUCGACGCUGGGCAUCAUAGGUUUGGGUAAAAUAGGGCUGGAGAUUGCUAAACGAGCGAUGGGAUUCAGAAUGAAAAUACUCUAUCAUAAUAGGAAACAAAGAUCAAAAGAAAUUGAAGAAUCUGUUCACGCCACCUACGUUCCGACCUUAGAGGGAAUCUUGCCGCAAGUUGAUUUCUUGAUAUUAUGCACCCCUUUAACACCUGACAGCAGACACAUGAUUACGAUAGAGAAACUCAAACUAAUGAAGUCAUCAUCAUUUCUUAUCAAUAUAGCAAGAGGAGGAAUAGUUAAAACAGAUGACUUAGUAGAGGCUUUAAGAAGCAAGUUGAUCGCUGGAGCUGCAUUAGACGCCACAGACCCUGGGAUCUUACCCAAAGAACACCCACUCCUGAACAUGCCUAACGUGAUAGUUUGCCCCCACGCGGGGGUGUUUACCGAGGGAGGGUUAGAUGCAAUAUAUGGACUUGGUCUGAAUAAUUUAAGAGCUGCCAUUGAAAACAAACCUAUGCCUGCUGAAUACCUUGAAUGAUUCCAUUUUAUUAUUUUCAAUAGUUUAAUUAUUACGCCAAUGCCAUCAUUGCUGUCGGGCGGGGGGGGGGGAGGUAUAAGGCUGAAUUGCAUUAACACAUACUUGGCUGUAGCUUGCUGGGUUAUAAGACCAUUUGCAUUGCUUUAACUUAAUAUGAGAAUAAAUGGCUUAUUCCGUUCAGUGGCGGCACCAGGAUUUUAAAAUUGGGGAGCAAAAGAAUAUAUGGUGGGGGGUAAAUGCGGACAUGACAUUUUUUGCUCGUUUCCAAAAAUCGACCUCGCAGCGCGAGCUAAAAUUCUGAAUAUAUAGGCCCUACUGACUUGAAAAGGGACCAGUAAACAUGGUCAAGGACUUUUGCAAGUAACCUGUGAAGAUGAUAUCUCAUACAAAUGAAUAAUGCUAUCGCGAAGCGCGAGCCUAAAAUGUCUAAUAUCCUGAGAUGAUAACCGAACGUUUUUAUCACUUUUUUAACCAUGAACAUGGAAGGGUAUCGAACUAAAAAAUUGAUGCGAGAGGGUACCGCGAGCUAAAUUUGUUAAUAUUCAUCACUUUUUUUGUAAUCAUGAACAUACAGAAUGCUUAUCUUGCUAUAACAAAGAAUGAAAACUGGAAUCACGAGAAUAAAACAGUCACAACGAGCGCGAAGCGCGAGCCAUUUUUUUUCAUUUUAUAUGAUGACUUGAAAGAUUUGUGCUAACAGUGACUGGGUGGGAAAAUUUUCAAGAUUUGAUGAGUGAAAAUGCUGUUUUGGAGCACCUUGAAGCUUGAGUAGGAUGCCUAUGACAGCAUUGAUACACAUUUUUCUUCAGUUUUCAAAAUGUAUUGGGGGGGGGGGGACGAUCCUGACUGGGGAUUGCAAAUGCCCCCGUGUCCCCUCUUGGUGCCGUCACUUCUUCCUAGACAUGCUAGAAGUCCUUAUGUUCUUUUCUUUCACCUGACAUCAUAUUGUAAUCCCACACACCCCACAAACGUUCACCUCCCUACAACCAACCGACAUGUAUUUUAAUGUUGGUUGAAAAUUCCAGUUUACUUAAUAAAGAAACCCUGAAAACUUA